AUGACAUCUAUUGAAGACUUGAUUCCAAGUGAUUUGAUAGGAACUGAACUUAAAGUAACCAUAAAAGAUCAAAGAAUAUUAAUUGGUAUCCUUUUAGCAUUAGAUAAUAAACCAAAUUUAUUAUUAAAUAACGUUAUUGAAAUUUCAAAUCAAUAUAAUUCAAUAAUUGGAUCUGAAAGUGAAAAUAAAAGAGAAUUAGGUCUUGUUUCAAUCCCAUUUGAUUCAAUUGAAAAUAUUAAAAUUAAAAAUAUAGAUCUUGAUAAAACUUUAGAUUGGAAAGAUAAAUCUUUAAAUUAG